AUGGCGUCUCCGGCCGUCAAGAAAGCAAUCACCGAGGCGGCGCUGCAGUACACGAAGCCCGAGGGGAAGGUCUUCGAAUAUGGCACCGCAGGGUUUCGCAUGAAGGCUGACCUUCUCAACACUGUCGUUUUCGCAGUGGGUCUGCUUGCCGGUCUCCGGUCAAAGAAGCUUAGUGGGCAAUGGAUCGGUGUUAUGGUCACUGCUAGUCACAACCCCGCGGAGGACAAUGGUGUUAAGUUGGUCGAUCCCAUGGGCGAAAUGCUCGAAGCCGAAUGGGAGGCGUACGCAACAAAGCUGGCGAACGCCCCACUUGACAGCAUCGCUGAUGUCUAUGAUGAACUCGUGAAGGAGAUUGACGUGAAGAUGAACAACCCUGCUCGUGUUGUCUUCGCCCGUGAUACCCGUGCUUCCGGCUCUCGCCUCAUUGGUGUCCUCAACAACGCCCUCACCGCAACCGAGGUUGAGUUCAUCGACUUCAAGUACAUGACUACUCCUCAGCUGCACUAUGUUGUGCGCUGCAAGAAUACCCUUGGCACCCAGUACGAAUAUGGCGAGCCUACCGAGCAAGGAUACUACGAGAAGCUUGUCGAAUCCUUCAAGAAGGUUAUGCGGGGAGUCAAGGUUCAGGGUAACCUGACUGUCGACUGUGCUAAUGGAGUUGGAGGCCCCAAGUUGAGAGAGCUCAUGAAAUAUCUGGGUUCUGGACUAGAUAUCAAGGUUAUCAAUGAUGAUGUGAUCAACCCUGACAGCUUGAACUACGAGUGUGGUGCCGAUUAUGUCAAAACCAAGCAGCGCGCUCCUCCCUCUUCUAAGGCUGCUGCUCUUGAUCGGUGCGCCUCUCUUGACGGCGAUGCUGACCGUCUGGUUUACUACUUCAUUGAUGAGAGCAAUGUAUUCCGACUCCUUGAUGGUGACCGUAUUGCCACUCUUGCCGCUUCUUUCAUCGGUGAUCUUGCCCGCAGUGCUGGCAUUGCCUCCAAGCUUAAGAUCGGUGUUGUUCAGACUGCCUAUGCCAACGGCUCCAGCACUGACUAUAUCGAGAAGGUGCUGAAGCUGCCCAUCAUCUGCACCAACACUGGUGUGAAGCACCUUCACCACGCCGCCUUGCGCUUUGAUGUCGGUGUCUACUUCGAGGCCAAUGGCCACGGCACCGUCACCUUCUCAGAGAAUGCUCUCAAGGUCAUUAAGAACACUGAGCCCCAGUCACCGGCUCAGCAGCGUUCCCUGGAAUGUCUCCAGGCUCUGACCGAACUCAUCAACCAGGCUGUUGGUGAUGCACUUUCUGACAUGCUUCUCGUGGAGGCCAUCCUGGCCCACAAGGGCUGGACCCCAAAGGAGUGGCUGGGAACCUACACUGACCUCCCAUCCCGCCUGGUGCGUGUUGAGGUCAACGAUCGCUCUAUUUUCAAGGCCUACGAUGCCGAGCGCAAGCUGGAGUCUCCCGCUGGUCUUCAGGCCAAGAUUGAAUCCCUGCAGUCUCGAUAUAACAAGGGCCGCAGCUUUGCUCGUGCCAGUGGCACUGAAGAUGCUGUUCGUGUUUAUGCCGAGGCUGCUAGCCGGUCCGAGGCGGAUGACCUCGCGACUCGCGUUGCCAAUGCUGUUCGCGAGGCUGGCUCUGCUGAGGCUCAGCAGUAG